GAUUAUUUUCAUCUAUAAAUGUGCUUACUUCACUCCAAACAAAUGUAAGGAUUGUGGAACUCUUCAACACCACUUAAAAAGUAAUUAAUAGGUGAUUAAGAUUAUGAAUGUGAUGGAGGUUAUGGUGGUGUUUGUGGUGAUGCUGAUGACAUUUGCAAGCGGAGAAGGAAGGAUUGCAGAGUCGGGUGAGUACUCAGCAAUAAGUUGCAGAGGUCACACCGCAUCGAUUCUGGAAUUCGGAGGGGUCGGCGACGGGAAGACACUCAACACGGCGGCUUUCCAGAGAGCGGUGAACGAGCUGAGUAAGUACGCAUCGGAUGGCGGUGCACAGCUGUUCGUCCCUGCCGGUAAAUGGCUCACCGGAAGCUUCAACCUCACUAGCCAUUUCACUCUCUAUCUCCACAAACAAGCAAUUCUCCUCGCUUCUCAGGAUAUAAAGUCGUGGGGCAUGGUGGAUCCGUUACCAUCGUACGGACACGGAAGGGAUGCAGCAGGAGGGAGGUAUAUAAGUCUUAUUUUUGGAACAAACCUCACUGAUGUUGUCAUUACUGGUGAGAAUGGUACAAUUGAUGGUCAAGGUGGAGUUUGGUGGCAGCAAUUUCACAAGAAAAAGCUAAAAUACACUAGGCCUUAUCUCAUUGAAAUCAUGCAUUCACACAAAAUCCAAAUUUCAAAUCUCACCUUUCUUAAUUCUCCUUCAUGGAAUCUCCAUCCUGUUUACUCCAGUGAUAUAAUUAUUAAAGGCAUCACAAUCCUAGCUCCAGUAACAUCCCCAAAUACAGAUGGGAUCAAUCCAGAUUCUUGCACAAAUACGAGAAUAGAGGACGCCUACAUCGUCUCUGGAGACGACUGCAUAGCAGUCAAAAGCGGCUGGGACGAAUACGGUAUAAAAUAUGGUAUGCCUACAAAACAGCUGAUCAUCAGGCGCCUCACUUGCAUUUCGCCUUACAGCGCUGCCAUAGCGCUAGGCAGUGAAAUGUCGGGUGGGAUAGAGGACGUUAGAGCUGAGGACAUAACGGCAAUCAACACUGAAUCGGGUGUCCGGAUAAAGACGGCGGUCGGGAGAGGAGGGUAUGUGAGGGACGUAUAUGUGAAGGGAAUGCGUCUGCACACCAUGAAAUGGGUGUUCUGGAUGACGGGGAACUACGGCUCUCACGCUGAUAGUCACUAUGAUCCUAAAGCUUUACCAGAGAUCAAGGGGAUCAACUACAGGGACGUGGUGGCGGAGAAUGUGACAAUGGCUGCUAGGCUCGAGGGAAUAUCCGGUGAUCCCUUCACCGGAGUCUGCAUGUCCAAUGUCACGAUUGGGAUGGCAAAGAAGGCCAAGAAGUAUCCGUGGACAUGCAGUGAGAUCAAGGGGGUCACAAGUAGGGUGGUGCCUCAACCGUGUAGUCUGCUGCCCGAUAAGGGACAAGACAAACAGGUCAUGUGUGACUUCCCAACGGAUACUUUACCUAUCGAUGAUCUAAAGCUACAGAAAUGCUCCUAUGUGAAGAACUACUUGUAAUAGCCUGGUUCUUGAACUCAAUGCAUAUGCAUUAUGAUGAUGUUAUUCGUAUGAAACAUUUAAUACAGAAACGAGGAAUCUUGAAUUUAUCUCA